AUGUCUUCUACAUACCAGUCUGCUUCUCCUUCUGUCGACCCCCAUAGCUCGAGAGACUUCAACGAUGAGCUGCGGCUGAAUCACCAUAUACUCACCAAAUCUUUCGACUCCAGUCUUCUGUCCUCUCCCUUCAGCCAUGCUCUUACGACCAGCAAUUCUGCUAGUCCUUUAUACACAUCUGGGGAGAGCCUGUCUGAGUAUAGCAAUUUCCAGUCCGACAUAGACGACGUUGACCCUUUCUUCGGCGUAAACUUCGACGACGGGGUACAGCGAAUCAACUCCCUUCCUAUUACUAUCACCCCUAUGAACGUCGCCUAUCCAUCUGCAACUCUCAAACGGGCUUCACCAACACCAGCAAGCAAUCAACCUUCGAGUGCGACCUGGGCCAUCUCAACCUAUCCUCUCAGCCCAAGUCACACUAUUAUACCCAACACACCCUCACUAAAAAGAGCAGUCAGUGAGACAACGAGGACUACAAUAUCGCAGCACGAGCUGAACACUGGGCUGCAUAACUCGCGACUCCCCCCGGGACCAGAUAUGAGACCGACACCAGAUAGCAGUGGAAGCAGUCAUACGAGUGCCGAAGGCCAUGAACCGAGCAGCAUGCCACGUUCUGGACAUAGCCCCAGCCUCAUGGGCUUCCACGGGGGCGGCAGGCAACAGAACCGUCAACCCUCUCCGUUUCUACAGUCCAACCGAGGGUACAGUGCAACUAAUGCCGAUAAUUUCGGCGGAGACGUUUCAAGCCAAACACAAUACCAACAUCCGCAUAUGGCCACCGAGAGGGACGACGAUGGGUUAUGGAGAGCGAGUGAAGUGAACGGGCAGAGUGGACUGGAUCCCGACUCCCGUAAAGUCAUCAACGAUGAGGUUCCUACACUGAAAGAGCAAGAAGAAUACCGACGCAUACAGGAAAAGAACAGCGAGGUGGAAGAAUGGAGAUCGCAAGCCGGAGAAAAUAGCGACGCGGAAAAUGAACAGCCCGUCCAAUCCUACUUCUCCUUGUACUCGAACAGUUGGUAUCCGCGAGGAGACCCUGGAACUGGAACGCCUCGCGAUAAAGAAGACAACAACUUAGCGCCACUUGACGACAGUGCUAGCGUGCACGAGAACCGUCUUGCAGAAGGCCAAACUUACUUCGACCUCAACAGCAUUUACAUCAGCGAUGUGGACAAGCAGGAAUUGAUCAACCAUGCGCGGCAUUGGCAAGAUGCCCCCUCCGUACCUCAUAUCAUGACAAGCGCCUUUCAGCCCCAAACGUCAAACGAGGCCAUGAACAGAUUCAACCGAGCCGCAGAUUCCUUCUCGAUCACGUCACGUGCUGCUACAUGGGGAACCCGCCGGCGCAGCGAACCGAGCCUGGCAGACUUCGAGGGCAUCUCUGAUGGAAGCUUUCUUAAAAAGCUGUCGAUUAGCAGCAAAUCAAGGGAGGAGCGUCCUCGCCAGAACAGUCUCCUUGAUCAAGGGCUGAAUCGAUUAGCAAGCUUCACACGCAAGAGAAGUGACAGCAAGCUCAAGCGUGUACGCAGUACUCAGAACUUCCCAGAAGAGACGCAGGCGCCACCAAAUGCAAGGCAUUACAGCCAGGAUUCGCUGGCACCGCCCACGAGAAGCCUCAGCUCUGCAAAGAAACAAACGGUCAGUAUCAAUACCGCCUUUGCCGCAAUGACAGGUCCUCUUGCCGCUGUUGGGACAGCCCAUACGCGCCGUACCACUGUUGGCCACAUGGUUACAUCGCCUAAGAGCCCAGUCCAUCUGGGAUUCAAGUCCGUGAUAAGGCGUGCAAGAAGCCGAAGCGAAUUGACUUCACAAGAGAAGAAGAGGCAGACAGGUCUUGUGAGCCUGUGGAGAGGGCAAGGAGGACCUCCAGUCUUAGCAACUCCACCGACUCCGGCCGAAAUGAAGGCAGAGCGGCCUGAGCCCGAAGUGGAUGAUCACGAGGAUGAUGACGAUGACGAUGAUGAACAAUCAGACGAGAACCACCCCAAGAUGGAGUCCGGACAUCAAGCAGAUGUGAUUGUGGCAAACUACGAAGGUUUCAAAUCUCACGUACGGCGUUUGAAUCCUGACAUGGACCCUCAACACAACUGGCUUAUCAGCAGGAUUGCCCAUCAACAGGAGAUUCGCUACAAGAACUUGCUUGAUCUCAGGGUCAAGCAUUUACAGGCCAUCAGCUCCCGCAAAUGCUCUGCUGGACCCCAUUGUUUAGCUUUGGGAGGUUCGAUCACUUUGACAGAUGUCAAGGGCAAUCCGCGCGACCAGGAUCGUACUCCAGCUUCACUUCAAUUGGUGACAGAUUUCUCUGACGACUCCGAUCCUAUCGAGGGUACUAUUACUGCUCAGACAUUCCCAUCAGGGGUGCCAAUGCCACCCACCAAUAAUCUUCCCGCGGAGUUUGAAUGCCAACUGUGCUUCAAGGCCAAGAAAUUCCAGAAACCUUCAGACUGGACUAAGCAUGUCCACGAAGACGUGCAGCCAUUCACUUGCACCUAUGCCAAUUGCAAGGAGCCCAAGUCCUUCAAGAGGAAAGCAGAUUGGGUCCGCCAUGAGAAUGAGAGACAUCGUCAUCUGGAGUGGUGGAUCUGCCAGGUGGGCGAUUGCAGACACCCAUGUUAUCGAAAAGAUAACUUCCUUAAACAUCUUGCACGUGAGCACAAGGUGCCGGAGCCGAAGCAGAAGACAAGAGCUGCCAUCAAGAAGGUGUGCACAACUGAGCCAGCCUGGGAAUGGCUGGAAAAAUGUUACCAUCAGACGCACAAUCGGCCCGAGGAUGAGCCGUGCAAAUUUUGUGGUAGAUCGUUUCCAACCUGGAAGAAGCUGACUGUCCAUCUUGCCAAACAUAUGGAACACAUCAGCUUGCCCAUUCUCCGCUUGGUUAAGGCAAAAGCUGUCGACGCGAACACGAUCAUCAGCCCGGUGGAGCAAGUACUCACACCAGUGACACCGAUGAGUCGUGCUACAGUGGAAUUUCACAGCCCAUUGGACAUGGAAAGUGUCUCUCCCAAUUUCACUACAGGUUCUCAAGUCGCCUCGAUAGAUUUUGAAGAGCCUGAAUAUUUCCAGACAGACGGGUCAUCCAUCGGGUAUGGCCUGCAAGCACCAUUGCCACAGGAAACUCGCUAUUCCAACAACAGCGACAACAUGUACUCGACCGCUUUUCAUGUUGAGAGCAUGGGACAGACCCGUGGAUUCGAUACUAUGAAUCCGAACACCAUGGUCCAUGUUGAUCAGACUCGAGCUUUCGGCCCUUUGAAUUCGGAUUUUUCUCAGCCCCGAGCGGAACCCAUCCGUGGGUUUGGAUCGAGGGACUAUGCAUUUUCUCAUGUGAUGCCCGGCCAGAAUUGCAAUAUGCAGCAGGAUUCGGGGUACCCCUUCCCACAGACGUUCUCUGCAGCAGCAGCCCCAAUAUCCGGCUUUCCAACCUCAAACAUGCUGGGUGGCACCGAAGCUGGAUUCGCAUCCAUUGACCCGGUGAACGGAAGAGGAGUCCAGAAUUUUUCGCAAGUACCGCGGAGUCACGCUUACGGGAGCGCACCUACAUAUCGGCAUUCCCCUCAGGACAUUCCUCGGAAUGCGCAAUCCUUCUAUGGACAUCAAGGAUGA